AUGUCUUCAGAGGAGCUGAGGGCAAGCUUUUCAGAUUUGGUGAUCUAUGUGUGGAUUGGAUGCAACACAACAAAGUUUGGCCAUUUAUAUGCUGCUGCAACCACUAGGCCGGAUAACAGAGUGAGUGUUACCUCUGUACUGGGAGGAACAUCUGAUAACACCGGAUCAAGUAUGGCUCGCCGUCUAGUGCUGAAGACCGGUCUGAACAUAGUCCUGGCAUGCAACAUCCCAAAAGACAGCCCCAUUCUUGAGGCUGCUGCGGAGAGGAAGCUGGUGGAGAAGCUGAAAGGUUUGGGCUACAUUAAAACUGCAGCUGCGGAGGCUAACACUUCCACGGCAAGGUUUGGGCUACAUUAA